ACGAAAAGUAAAAGCUUCAACUUUUUCCCUCUGCUCUCAGUGUGGCAGAUCUGGGAAAACCAUUAGGGGAUGGUGAAGUGGUGACGUCAGAACUAUUGAGCAGAAUCUUCUACUCUUCUCCAGGAGCUGCUUUUCAGAAAGACUUUGGGAAAUGCUGGAGUGAUUUUUGUUUUGUUUUUCCAAGGUGGAACAUGCUGUUAUUUUGUUCAUUUAGUUUUCCUACACACUGAACUUUGAGAAUACCGGACUGUAUCCUUUAUGUGUUUUGGGAUACUGCAGUGUUUUUUCCCAAUUUUUCACACUAAGAGCAUUUUAGGAAUGUUGUAGUUUGGUGAUAUUUCCUCUGUUCUUCCCAUUCAUAACACCUAGGAAUAAUGUAGGGAGCUUUCUUAUUUGUGUCCUUGGUGAUUCAUUCACACUGAGAGCUGGACUUUUCUCUGCUUUUUUCCCAGCAAUGAGAAUAUUAGAGUGACUCUUGCUUUUCUUGUUUCUGCUCAGAGCACCUAGGGAGUGCUUGGCUGAUAUUCUCCUUCAGUUUUUCCUGACACGGCGCAGGACUGAGAGCAGAGGGCAGACAAAUGCUCUAGACUGUCUCAGACUUCCUGGCUCAGAAUGAACAUGAACAACAGCAGUGGUGGAGGAUCUGGGAAUUUCCUGCUGGUUCCUAUUCCAGAGUAUCCACUGCUGGACUGUGUUCCAAACAAGACGGUGAAGAUUGUGGUGCUGGGAGCCAGCAGCGUUGGGAAGACUGCUCUAAUCGUCAGGUUUCUGACCAAAAGGUUCAUUGGAGACUACGAAGCAAACACUGGAGCCCUGUAUUCUAGGAAGGUGACGCUGGACGGAGAGGAAGUGUCGCUGCAGAUCCAGGACACGCCCUGUGUCGCUCUGCAGGAUGAUGCUGACGGACUGUACUGUCAGGAGCAGAUCAACAGAUCCAUCUACUGGGCCGAUGGUUACGUUCUGGUUUUCUCCAUCACUGACCACAGCAGCUACAGAACGAUCCAACCGCUGUACCAACACGUACGACGGAUCCAUCCGUCUGGGAACAUCCCUGUCAUCCUGGUUGGAAAUAAAAGUGACCUGCUCCGAGCUCGACAGGUGCCUGUGGAUGAAGGCGAGACCUUAGCAGCUUCUGUAGGAGGCGUGUACUUUGAGGCCUCGGCCAGAGAGAACCACGAAGGAGUUCAUGCUGCUUUUCUGCAUCUGUGUCAGGAGGUUAAUCGAGCUCUGGGAGGAGCUAACGGGGAGAAACGGAGAGGAGGCCUCCACCUGGCCAGACCUAAAUCCCCAAACAUGCAGGAGCUGAAGAGGAGGUUCAGACAGGUCCUGUCCUCAAAGGUGAAAUCUGCCACCACGCUGUGAUCCAGCACACAAUGAAUAUGUGAACCAUGACACCAGGGCAGGACCGCAGCUUAGAUCACGGUGGAGCAGCGCUCUAAACAAACACGUUCUUCAGGAAUAUAACUGCUGCUUAUGGAUGGAUAUCUCCUGCAACAGAUGCUGCAGUAGAAGGACUGUCCAACAGACUGUCCUCUCUCUCUGGACUCUCUGAUCAAGUCAGUGUGAUCAUCUCCUGAUAUUCAGCAAAAUCCAUGACUACUUCUCCUCAAGAAGCACCUUGAACCCUCCACUGUCCCACUCUCAGGUCUAAAACCUUCCUAAUGUGUUUAAACUUCAGGAUUAAGUCCCAGGAAUGGAGGACAAUUCCAGGACCAACACAGGAACUGAAGAAGAUUCAAAUAAUCCCAGGUCAAGCAUAAAAAAAAUAAAGCCAGUAUCAGGAACUUUGUUUUGAUCCCAGGAACUUUGCGUAGUACCAUUUAGAUAGCUGGAACAAGUCCAAAGAGCUGAGGUCUUUGGGAGUGGUACCAGAAACUGUCCACCAUGGACUCCACACACCGAAGAAGACUUUUGAUGAUGGAAGACAGUGUGUGUGGACACAUGAUUGUUGAUUCAUCAUCUGAAAAAACACAGAACCUCACCUCCAGAUGGAGCGACGAGGAUCUAAACAGAUCAGCAGGACCUGGUUUUGGUUUGUGAGUACUGUUCUUACAGCAGUGUCAGUUGGUCCCAGACUUGCUUGUAUUUACUGUGGGUUGUGCUGAACAACCUCAGCACUGGCUGUAAACAACAUCUUCUGGACGACGUUUGUAAUAAAUACAAACAUUAGGAGUUGAAUCAGAUUUUACAGGAAACACAUCGGACAAAGUCUGGUCUUGGUUUUGUUUUGAUUUCUUUUAGGAUUUUAUUCUUAAACAAUCAGUGUUGAAUUUUUGUCUCUUCUGUUGUUGAUGUCUGAACCAAACAGGAAGUGAUUAAAAGUAGGUAGAAAAAGGAAAAG